AUUAGCUACAAGAGAAAUGGAACUACGCCAUAUACUUGCAUAUACCCUGCACUAAAUCACUGUUUAGAAGUGGGUAUACGCAAAUUCUACUUAAAUAGAAGUGGGUAUACACCGUAUACUUGCGUACACCCUGGACUACAGCACUGGUAGUGUCUUAAAAUUAACUGCCCCCCUCCCCAUACACUAUCACUCUCCUUAAAAUAAAGAAAUCCUCCAUAUAUCAUUUAAGGUGGUGGAUUAUUUCCCUUCCAUUUUCCAGGCCUUGACCUCCACAGAAGCCACACUUGCAUUUGACCCCAAGGACUACAUCAAGUCAAUUCGCACCCAUAGAGUGAAAGUGAUUGAGACCUUCAGUGAAGCUCCUCCUACAACAAUCCACCAAUAAAUGCUGGAGUCAAACACACAGAGAAAUCACUCCAUUUGUGACAACUGAAAUCUUCAUGACAUAAUGUUGAUGCUGGUGAAAGAGGAGCUUGAGAAGAUGACAGAUCCACAACCAUGCAGAAUAAAGGAUGAAGAUACUGAGAAACAAAUAGAUAUGAUGGAAGUGAAAGAGGAGAGUCAAGCUGAAGUGGAUGAGAAACAUCAGAUUGUAAAAAUAAACCAUAAUGUUUCACUGAAAGAAACUCUGAAGACAGAAGACAUAAAGUGUGAAAAUAGUUUCAGUGAAGAUGAACGCCCUGCAGAUCACAAGAGGACUCACAGUGAGGAGAAACCUUUCACAUGUCAACUGUGUGGAAAGAGUUUCACUUUUCAAUCAAGCCUUAGCCGGCACAAGAAAGCUCAUAGUGGGGAAAAGCCACACGCGUGCCAGCAUUGUGACAAGAGUUUCCCAGAUACAAGUCAACUUAACAGACAUUUGAGAAUUCACACUGGAGAGAAACCUUACGCAUGUCUUCAGUGUGAAAAGAGUUUCAUAGAUAAACGUGGACUUGAGGCUCACAUGAGAACUCACACUGGGGAGAAACCUUACAUAUGCUCUCAGUGUGAAAAGAGUUUUUCAAGCAAACAGACUCUUAAGGCACACAUGAAAGUUCACACUGAAGGAAAACCGUUCACUUGUCAUCACUGUGGAAAGAGUUUCAGAAGAAAAGCUCACCUUGAAGAACACAUGAGGACUCACAGUGAGAAGAAACCUUUCACAUGUCACCAGUGUGGAAUGAGUUUUAACUGUAAAUCGAACCUUAGCUGGCACAUGAAAGCUCACAGGGCGGAAAAUCCAUGCGUGUGCCAGCAUUGUGACAAGAGUUUCCCAGAUAGAAGUCAACUUAAGAUACACGAGAGUUCUCACACUGGAGAGAAACCUUACACUUGUCAUCUGUGUGGAAAGAGUUUCAGAACAAAUCCUAACCUUAAAGCACACAUGAGGAUUCACACUGGAGAGAAACCACAUCUGUGCCAUCAGUGUGGAAAGAGUUUUAUAACUGCAGGUGAACUUAAGCAACACAUGAGGUCUCACACUGGAGAGAAACCUUUCACAUGUCAACAGUGUGGAAAGAGUUUUAAAACAAAAGAGAGCCUUAACAUACAUAUGAGGAUUCACACUGGAGAGAAACCAUUUACGUGCCAUCAGUGUGGAAAGAGUUUCAGAAGAAAAGAUCACCUUACAGAACACAUGAGGACUCACACUGGAGAAAAAACAUUCAAGUGCCAUCAGUGUGGAAAGAGUUUCACCUUUCAAACAAGCCUUAACCGGCACAUGAAAGCUCACAGGGGGGAAAAGCCACACGCGUGCCAUCACUGUGACAAGAGUUUUGCAACUGCAAGUUUCUUGAACAGACAUUUGAAAAUUCACACUGGAGAGAAACCGUUCACAUGCCAUGAGUGUAAAAAGAGCUUCAAAACAAAAGCUACCCUUACCACACACAUGAGAGUCCACACUCGAUAGAAACCAUUCAUGUGUCAACAGUGUGGAUAUGGCAACAACGUUUAGAAAUCAGCUAAGAUCUUAUUAAUAAAACUGUGCGUAGGAUCCUUACUAAAAGUCUACAUGCACACAAAAGCCCAAGAUGUCUGUACUUGUGUUCUUGUGGACUUCAUCAGUCCGGGCCCAAGUACUGCUCCAAUUCCAAGUUCGCGUGAAGCCAAGUUUGCUUAACAACCUUGGAUGUGUUGUUGAUCCGCUCAUUUGAUCGAGGAUACAUCAGGAGGUGACUUGUGUGGACUUAUAUCAGCCAAGUUUUCCAGAACUUCAAAUCUGUGGUCAGUUAGUAAAGAUAGGACCUAAUAUUAAAAUUUCCUCUGACAAUUUUGGAUAUUUGGGUUCAAGUUGAUCAGCGGCAGUCAGUGUCGUGUACACCGCCGAGGGCAGAUUAAUCUCUUCAAGUCCUUCUGAAAUCUGCCGCUGGCUCAGUGCAGCUGCUCUGCCCUUCAGUGUCUGAUGGUCAAACAUGAAAUAUUCCCUUUGGAUAUAUAUCUAUAUUUUUCUGUCUCUUUAUUAUUCAUAUGAAGUCUGUUAUUUGUUAUUAUCGUUUUAACUGAUGUUAAAGUUAAGUUUCAUAACUUCAAUCACAUAUCGUCGCUGUCUGAUGAAACUCACGUAUGUCCAAAACGGUUACUUUUCAGAAAGUGAAAAAAACACCGUAUAUCAAAAGCAGUUGAAUGUAGCGUUGUCAUACUUGGUACGGCAUCUUUACAUGUAACCAUAUUCUUGCCAGUGUCAUGAUAUAAUCCACAUUUGACCAAAAUUGAGUUUAAAUGGACAUGCGUGCAUAUUUUACAGUAACUGUGAUCGAUACGCGUUCUUUCGAUCAUUAAUUAGAAUGGCCAAGUCGCGUUUCGUAUUGACAGAUGAAUACGCUCAGUUCAUUAAAUACGCUUACUUUAUUUAAUAUUAAUUAUACAUUUAUUAAAUGUCUCUUGCAAACUAUGAAGGGACAAUGAAUCAAUACACUGACAUGCUAAUGCUACACAGCAGGGGCGUCAGUUUGUGUUGAAAAGUGGUGGGGACAAAAGAUAAAAACAUUACUGCAGGACAGGAAAAAUAUUGAAUAACGGCGCAUCAAAAAUGGGCAGCGUAGGCUAGUCAACAAGAAGAAAAUAAUCAGCAUAAAACCCUCAACAAUGUCGACUGCACACAUGUAACAGUCCCUGCAACACCAGCUCAACAGAACAGUGCCAAAGCACCAUACCGUAGAAAACAGCAGCGCUUUUAGUCAAUGAUGACAAUGAAUUUCAUUACAUAUGUACAAGAAAACACACUGUAAGCAUACAACGCAACAUAUGUGACACUAGACCACAAAACCAGUCUUAAGCAUCGCUUGAUUUUUCAGAACAUUUUAACCAAAUGCCUUCAAAAAGUGGUGGGGACAUCCCCAGCGUAAAUAACACCAAUGCUAGACAGAUACUUUGUUUGCACAGUCCUACCGUAAUUAAGUCACUCCUAGAUGUUCGUCUGGCGUCCGGGGGAAACGUUUACCUCGACGAAGGAAAGUCAUUGUCAUGUUUAUUCGGCUAUAUCCAGUGCUGAGCUUCGAUGAAACUUUACGAGACCGGCGAGAUGCUUCACAGGCGGAAGAUAUGCGGCGUGAUUGACAGCUUUGACACCAAACGGGUACGUGAAAAUCAGAUGACAUGAUUUCACAAGUUUUCAUUGGCCAUUUAGGUAUGUGACGCAUACUGUAUACGGAAAUGAACCUGGACAUUCAAUCUGUCGAAAAAUUUCAAAAUCUGCAAAAUGAACAUGCGUGAUUUUCAUCGGACAGCGACAAUAUAUUUUCUAUAGAAUCUUAACACUGAAUCACUGCCUUUGUACUUUAACCGUUUUUACUUGUGUUUACUAUAUGUUGUACAAACAUUUUGUACUUUUAUAAUAAACACGUGGGGUCGGGUUGCGGUGA